GGUAUGCUCAGGUGACACAGCGACACAAACUGUGAAUGCAAACCCUAAAAGCUUAAACUCAAUACUUCUAAACACUGUUACUUGUGCUACCUGAUUACUACAUGUGUUGGAGAGUUAUAGUAAUAUAAAUAUAGUGGAAAAACAACAGAGUUUAAAAUGCAGAUACACAUGUGUGUGUGUGUGUGUGUGUUUGCUAUCGUUGCUGCUGUUAUACAUGAAAUGAAUUUUCGGAUUUUCCAUUUAGUUUAUAAAUAGAUCAGGAAACCGUACAAUGCAGUACAGAAAAUCUAGACUUGUACAAUAUAGAAUACUUAGUUACAUUGUCAAGACCGGUCGGAGGGUUACCAUCAAAGUAAAAUGAACGCUCAGGACUGGAGAAAGAUUGAGCUUAACUGGAAUGCCGUCACGAAUGUCAAAGACGACGACAUUAUCACCAGCCUCUAUCAGAAACAGAUUUUUACUCUUGAAGACAAGUCAAAUUUAGAAAGCAUUAACGCCAAUAAAGAAAGAAUGGAAGGGUUACUGCUCCUGCUCAAAGCAAAGGAGGGAGCUUAUAGGGAACUCAUAGAGGCAUUGAAGGUGUACAAUGACUGGGUUGCUGAUGCCAUCGAGGGCACCAAAUCAGAUGCUGAUUCAUCCGUCAAGUCAACGACUAUUGCAUUAAAGGAUGAUGUGAGAAAAGUUUUGCUAGAGACUUACAUAGAUGCUCGUGGGGAAAAGACCAAACUCAAAGAAAUAAAGAAAUUCUUAAAAUCUACAACAGUCUUCAAUGACCAUAAUGAGUGGGACGAUGAAACGCUUGUCAACUUCGUGAAGGAAGUAUUCUGUGAUGUCCAGGAGGUGGAGGUCAGGAAACAUGAAAAGGGGAAAAGAAUUUAUCGCAGAUGUCUGACUAACAUUGGACCACUGAAGAAACAGGGACAAGCCGCAUUGGAAUCUGGUGAGGCUGAAACAGAGAGCCAAGUUUCACUAGACCCCUACACUAAGGGCGUAGCGGUCUUAAAGAUGUCUCCAGCUCAUCUCAAAGUACACCUGGCGAAUCUAUUUCAAAAAGAAAACCUUCCUAUUGAUGACUUAGAGACUUUGGAGAAGAAAGGUGUUUCAGGCAGCACUUUUGUAUCAAUAGACUCAGAGAAGUUAGACAAUCUUCUACCUAACGCUGCCUCCGAUGUCAAGGAGCAUCUGACCACGUUGGCCAAGGAAGUAUCUCUAGCUGUGACCAAGAAUACUCAAGCACUACGAGAAUUUGAUACCAACGUGACUCACCUGUGUAAAUAUGUCCCAGGUUAUUUUACAGACGUGUCCGUCAACACAAGAAGCAAACUAACUUAUCCCAUCAAAAACUUUCACCUUGUUAAAGACAAGCAUCCGCAGAAAGCCUUAAAACGCAUAACUCAUGAAGCCAUACAGUUUAUAUCGGCCUGUUUAAACGAUAGACGCAAUGGUACAAUUUAUUUCGGGAUCUGCCCAAACGACGAAGGGGCGUUUAGAGAAGGAGAAAUUGUAGGCGUUAGACUUCCGAAAGAGGACGUGAAUGCUGCUGUCCAAGACGCACUAUGUGGUUCAUUUAUGGACGAUGCUGUCAAGAAGGUCUUGAGAGAUGUUGUAUUUGUCCCACUAACCGGCACUGGAGACAGAUAUGUCAUUGAAAUCGAUGUUGUGCCGAGCUUUGAGUUCCUGGCCGAUGACAUCAUUUGGACUACAGAAGAUCAUCGUGCUGAUUGUUCUAAAAAUAACCAAACUCCAGUUAUUUUUAGGUUUUCAGACUACGGAUAUCCUGAAAUACUUCCAAAUGAAAAAUUUAACCACUUUAAAAACGUUCAGUUGCCUAAAAUUGUAGAACAAAGAAAACUAGAAGAAAUCAAUUUCACCAAAGGCAAAAAAUGGCAAGAUUUAAGAACUCAACUUUUAAACUGUGUCACAGGAGGUUCUGAAUUCCUCACCGAUUCUAUAUAUCCUUUUCUUGUGACAAGUCCCUUAGAUACAGAUAUGACACAAGAGUACUUGAAAGAUAAGACAGAAUUUGUAAAACAUUUACAUCCCAGGGUGGUAUUUGACUUCGAUGAGAAUAGUGCCAAUGCAGGUUUGUUAAAGUCUCUAGAAGAACACCACACAGAAACUCCUAGGAUUCUAACCACAGAAAACUUUAAUCAAAUCACUACAGAAAAAGCAAAUGAGUUAAAAGAAAGUCUAUAUAAGGAACGAAGAAUUCCUUGGCUGUUUUGUAAUGGCCACAGAGAGCAAUCAAUCGCAAGUCUGAAGCCCUUGGAAUGGUACAGAAAGAGAAGUCUUUCAUUUCAAAACGCUUUAAAGAUAUUUACAGAUAUGUACAAAAGGGAAAGAACUGUUGUCAUCAUUUGCUUAUUUUCUCCGAAUUAUGAGACUUUGAUUGAAGCUUGUGAAGAGAUUUUUAAACACACAGAGCAUUGGAUUGUCUUGUCUGAAACAGAAUUUGUGGCUAGAAAUUGGCAAGAUAAGAUGUUGAGCAAAAACAGGGUAGACCAACGGGAAAUACAAAAUAAGAGUGUGAUUGGUUUACAGUGGGAAAAUGUCAAUCAGAUUCUUUGUCGCGCUGCCAAUGAGAGCAUUAGCUUGCCGUAUUCUAUUGUCUGCUCUACAGGACAUUUAAUCCAAGUUAAAAGUAACCAACCAAAUGACUGGUCUGACCUAUCUAUACCCAGAGACGAUUUCUUGGCAAAUGUCUCAGAUACUAAAAGAGAUGAAAUUGUUAAGAAUGUCGAAGAAGGAUUUUAUAGAGGCGAUCAAGUAGACUGGCUGAAUUUCCAGUUUGGGCACGUUUUCCUGCGCAGUAAAUAUAGCGAGCUAAAGAAAGUUGUUGAACAGGCUCUGAAAUCGCCAGUCAAAGAUGAUCAGGAAAUGAUAAAAAUAAUUACAAUUUUGCACCAGCCUGGAGCCGGUGGUACAACCUUCGCCAAACAAAUUCUCUGGGAUCAAAGAAAAUUAUACAGAUGUUGUGUUGUAAACGAAAUUACCGAUCAGACUUGUGAACAGUUAGAUGGAUUUAGAAAUUAUAAAGAUCCUAACCCAAAGCCAAUCCUGAUAUUGGUUGAUAAUAACAAAAACUUGAAACGUUUAAAAUAUGAAUUAGAAAUGAAAGCAAGAGAACAAUUACAACAUUCAGAUGUAUGCUAUUGUGUUAUUAUUGCUUGCGAAAGGACCCCAGAAUUGCCAGUACAACUAAUGGACAACGAAGUGGCUUUAAGACAAGAGUUAACUCCUGAAGAAUUAAUACUUUUCAAAAAUAAAUACACUAUUUUAAUUCAAAAUUAUAAAGAAAACCACAAAACGAACGUGGAUCCUAAAUUUUUGAUAGCAUUUAACAUCAUGAGAGAAAACUAUGAUCAAACAUACAUUGCGAACGUUGUGAGCGAGUUUUUAAAUGAGAUCAAGAGUCCUGAUGAAUGUUUCUUACUCAAGAUUGUCGCCCUUUUAAAUGUGUAUGACCCAGAUUUUGAGGAGAUUCCAGUUUCUUGUUUUGACACACUUUUAAACCCACAGCCUGGGAGUGCCAACUGUGAUCAUGGAAGAGCUAGAAAGCUGCACUGGGAGAGUGAGCUGAGUGAAUCAAUCAAAGUUUUAUUAAACAUUUCCUCGUAUCGAAGAUACACAGGUAUUAGAACACAGUGUGUUAAAAUGUUCUGCAAAGUCAUGGCGCGAGAGGUUCUAGACCAGAUCAAGAAAAGAUUGGGUCAAAAGGACAGCGGCAUUAUGCUAGAGCUUUUGGAGAAAAAUAUUUUUCAACAAGAUACUCAGGACUACAAACAGCUGUCCAUAAUUGUUAAUAAUGUUUUCAAGAACAGAAGUAAAAGAACCCAAAGGAGGGAUGGAUCAAACCGAUCAAAUGGUUCAAAGUUUUCUGAAUUCAUUCACCAUGUCGACUCAAAUGAAAAUGCGGAAACUGUGAUUCGUCUUUUAGAAGAAGUGUUUUCUCAAAAUAAAAACCCUUCAAUAGCUCAGGUGCUGGCAAGAUUUUACAUAGAUAAAAAAAUGUGGAUCAAAGCCGAAGAGUAUGCAAAAAGGGCGACAGAGCUAUGUCCCAAGAGCUCAUUUUUAAUGCACACUUAUGGCUUGGUGUUUCAAAGCCAGAUUUUAGAGAAAGUUUCUUCUGGAAAUUUGCUUUCACAACAAGCUGUUAAAUUUUCUGAAUCAGAUAUUUGUGAUCUCAUUCAAUUAGCAACUAAAGGUAUUGACAUUUUCCGAAAAGGUCAAACCAUUUGUGAACUGGAACGAUCGACUCAGGAAAAAAAUAAUCUUGCUUCCUACUUUGGUGAACUUGAAACAAUUGUUGAAAUACUGAAUGCACUUCAAAUGUCCAUACCAUUCCAACAUAAAGAUGUACUUCAAAAAUUUUUAACUCAUCCAGCCUAUAAAACUAAUCAGCACAAUUUUCUCAAUAGGGAAAACAUUUCGUUUAUCAAAUCCCUGGAGGAAAGCUCACACGAGGCGAUGCGCCGCCUUGACGACGAGUUUCUUCAGAUGAAAAAACAAUUCUCUUCCAACACAAAGAAAGACGAAUACAACAAAAGAAAGCUUAUUGACAUGAAAGCAAAGCUAGACCACUUCUUUGGAGAGGCUGGGUUGAGAGCUCCGAACAACUUGAAUGAGAGAGAGAAGUGUCAAUACAGACAUAGAAGAGCAAGACUUCUUGGUGCCUCUUCCCUCAACUGUUUACUUGCAAAGAGAAAAAACGGUAAAAGAGACAAUCUUAGAGAAAUAUUUCGCUUGUUGAAAGAAAACAUGGCAUCCAAGAUGAGAGAUUUUGAAGAUUAUCGAAGUAUGAUUGAAAUCACUACUGUGUGUCUGCUAGAUGAUACUGACAUCCCUGGUAUUACUUACAACGUGAUACUGGAAUGGACUCAUUCGAUGUACUUAUCAAAACCAAAAAGCAAAGGUAACAGGCCACACCUUGAAAUGUUUCUAUACUACGCCUUGUAUAAUUUCCCAACUCUGGAAAGACUGAAGUUUGACAAGAUCAGAAACUCUAACUUGUUGAACGUUAUGGCCGAGUGGAAAAAAGCAUUUGUGGAAUAUUAUCCAAAGUCGAAGUGGUACAAGGAACGUAGGGAAACCACUCUAUUCUUUUUAGCUCAUAGAAAACCUUUGUCAGACAUUGUUUUCUUUCAGGAGGCCGAAGUUUUACAAAUGUACACCAAUCAAAAGUUUCCAGAACAUUUGAGGGUACUAAAAGGCAUUCUCUCUGAUGGAGGAAAAGAAGUUCUCUUAAACUCUCAUGGCUUUCGCAUGAACAUUCCAGCCGCAUAUGUCGUUAAAAAUAGCGGAAUGUACAACAGAGAGGUGGAGUUCUACAUGGGUUUUAGUUUUUCUGGACCAAAAGCUUUCGGAAUUAGUUCUGGGAGACAACUGACAUCCUUUUAUCAUUAGAGCUUGAUCUUUAUUAUAAGUCAUAGCUAUUGUCUGGACUUCUCUAUUUCAGUGGUUCACAGGGAAUUAUUAAAUCCUAACAAUCUUUUUUUCUCUGUUUAACAUUCAAAUCAAUGCAAGCCUUGUUGCCUUCAUAACAAAUGAAUACUUUUUAAUCCAGCAAGUAAUAGAAAUAAUAGAAUAAUCAGAUGGAUGUUAACUUUGUUAGACUACAAAUUCAAUAUAGAAAGUAUACCAGGACAUGAAAACGCAAUCGCUGAUUAUUUGUCAAGAUACAUUGUCCAGGUCAAUGAUACAUUAGAAAACAAUGAUAUUGUACACAUAAGUCAACAACUUUAAGUAUCACACACUAAAAUUAUCUUUUCAUAACACUAGCACUAAAAAACAUUGUCAGCCAACACAAAUGCAAUCUACUCUUCUAUUGAAUCUAUUGACAUCAUACUCUAACUAUUAUUAUUAUAGCUUAUAUAUAGCGCUAAUUUCAUGCUUAUAGCAUGCUCAGAGCGCUAUGGUCCAAUCUCGUUUGUGGAUAUCUCUAAGCAUAUCUCUGACUGUAUUAGUACCCAUGACACUUGAAAAUGUCAUAUAUGUUCAAUUUUUUGGACUUAGACAUAUUGGAACUUUAGUACAUUCAUAUUUUUCAUUUUUUCAAAUGUACAUAAUCUCUGUAAAUUGUAUACAUAUUAUACUGAUAUUGAUCUUCAUUGAUUUUUUUUUCUCACAUAUCAGUUGUGAAAACUAUUGGAGCAUUAUUGAUGGCAUGAAACAAUAUAUUUGAUGUUAUGGGAUGUAAAAAUUGAUUUAUUUUUUGAAAAGAAAAUUGUAUCUUAUACAUGUGUUCAACUUGAACUCUCAUUAAGACAUAGGAGCGAAAUGACUAUCAUGGUUAUGACUCUGAUGAUUUAUGAGUAAUAGACCUCUUUGACUUUCAUGAUUUAGUUGAAAGUAGCAUUGUUAAAACAUUGUCAGCAUUUUUUCCCUAUGCAACUCAUUGAGACAAUGUUGAUAUUUAUGAAUGUUAUAUUUCAUUUGCAACGAUUUAUUUGAAAUGACACUAUCAAUGAUUUUUCAUUUGACUAUGUAACCACUGUCAAUGUGUUUUCAUUUCACUAUGUAACCCGAUGGAAUAAACUAAGUAGGCCUGCACUAGUAUACGAGUACUUUUCAUGGCUGCUCAUUCUGUUGAAAAAUUGAGUGCAAAUUAAAAGCAUUCUAUUGAUGAAUUGAGUAUUUACUAUAAACAAACAUUUUGUGUACAGAAGAAACACUUGCUUUUAUAAACAAUGUUGACAACUAUGAGAAUUAUCUACAUAGACAAAUAUAAUUAUUUUUUCCAAUAUUGUAAACUGAAAUAAGACCAUAUAAAAUAGUAUCAAAAUGCUUUUGAUGACAUGAAAAAAAACAGCAAGUACUAUGUAUACGAAAGACACAAUAAUAUUGGUAUAUGAUUUUUUUUUUCAUAGAAGAAUAUGAACAUUAAUAUUUAUUAAGAUUUGCAUUGAUGGGCAAAUUUUGAAAGAUUUUUGCAAAGGAUUGUAAUGGCACAGUCUCGUUUGGCAUUGCCUGCUAUGUGUUCACCUUGGGUCAAGAAAGUGAAAAGCACGUGAAACACCUGACAUAGAAAGAGGAAGUAAGAAUGACUAAAUUGACUAUAGGUCAGUAGUAACUUUAAGUCAGUUGUGGAGAGAAGUCACUAGAAGUCAGUAGAGACAGCACACAUAUUUUUAGUUGUUGUUUUUUGUACUUAGAGCUGGAUACAUGUUAUUGAAGUUAUUCUGUUACCCGCUGUGAUGCGGACGUUAUUUGUAUUCUAGAGUACCUAGCAUAUUUGAUAACACUGUGAUGCGGAUGUAAUUAUAUUUCAAAUUGGAUUAUAUUUGUGUAACUACCAAGACGUUGCAGUAUAUUGUUAUUAUUGAAUAAACGUCGUAUUUGUCUGCAUAAGUUAGAUUGAAGUCAAUAUGUACUGUUUAUGUUUCUCAGGUGUCAAGUGUAGCUCCAGGAGGCACGAACCCAGCAGCCUUCAACAUUACACACAUUGAUAACAAACACAUCAUUUACAACAUAUAAGUAUCGCUUACUAGUCACGUUUCUAGAGUAUUCUCUUACAAAUAAACAAAUGUCCUGGUUUAAUCCCCAUACCGGCCGAUUUCUUCUUUUUUAAUGAAAAAAAAUCUGAAUGUUUAUUAUUUAAACAUAAAGUAAGAAUUGAUAAAAAAAACCCAACAUAUUACUUGUUUGAUUUCACAUCCCUCGGUAACAUAAGUCAACUAAACUCAUUAUUCUACAUAGAACCUUGACCCUGCUAAAGUUUCGCUUUCAGACCUUGCCAUCUAUAGCACAGAUUAUGUUAAAAAAAGUAAAAAAAAAGUAAAGUUUCCCUUUCAGACCUUAUGGUCUAUAGGGUAGAUGAUGUAAAGGUCAUCUGUUUCUGUGGCCUACAAUUAACGAGGGUGUCAUGUGGCCAGCACAACGACCAACCGACUUUACUUUUCCCCAACUAAAGAUAGGCAACCAUUAGAGUUGGGUGGAUUCAGGGGCGCCCAAAAAUUCCCGAAAUUAAAAACCCAGUCUUCAAACAGGACCAAAGGUUUGGAACCAAAGCACUUCACCAAUACCUCCUGACCGUGCUAAAAUAUAAGAAUUCAACGUCUUCAAGAGAAUUUUUUUUUUUUAAUCUGCCAAGACUCAGAUUUGGCUUACAUAUUUUUUUAAAAUGUGACGUUGACACGCGUGGUCUACCGGGGUCUUAACUUAUAUUUUCAUCGUCAGCGCAUGUCUUUGUUGGCAGAUUUUCUUGGGCUCAACUGUCUCGUUAGGAAUCAUUUUUUUUUGCCUUGUAGUCUUCCGUCACCCUAAAGAGCAAGAAGUCUUACCACCACUGUGCAUCAUUACAUCACCAUCACAUCAUCGUUCAUACAUCAUGUGAACUGGAAUGUGAACUGAUUUGAAAUGUGAAUUAUGAUUGUAUUUCAAAUUACAUAUUCUUUUAAUAUUCAUGAUUAAUAUUAUCUUCGUAUCUUAUAAAAUACAGACGUUAUUUCAAAUAUUAAAAGAUAUUACACGUUUUAAAUUACGUUUUGACCAGAAAUAUGAACAUCUUAUUAAAAUUAUUUGAUUGACAUCAUUUUAAUGGCGUAUAAUUGUCACUUUCCAACUUAUAAAAGGAAUAUAUAUAGGCUUGUACAAAAUUCAUAGUCUCAGUAAUUCCUACAGAUAGAUAUUAGUUUUAUGUUGGCCUUCUACGUCUGUCUUCAAUAAGAGCUUUUUUUUUCUUAGGGACCUAUAUUGAAUUAAUAUAGAAGGCAAAAUACAGAGGCUUAGAUAGCCAAUCACAUGAUUUCAUAUGUUUAUUUUUACUAAUUGCUGAACUAUUCAGUUUUUUUUUAAAUUUAUUAUAUUUUAAGAAAUGCCAAUGGUGUUUUUUUUGGUUAACACAGCGGUUCUCAACCUUUUAUGCUCGGCGACCCCCUUUUUACAAUCCCCCACUCUGGCGCGACCCCCACCCACACAGCAAUAGAAGAAUAGACAAAAACAAUCCAUAUUUUCGACGGUCUUAUGCGACCCCUGGCAAAUCGUCAGUCGACCCCCAAGGGGGUCGCGACCCACAGGUUGAGAACCCCUGUGUUAACACAUAUUUCUUUUUUAGUUAAUUCUUGUCACAACUGUAUCAAUCUUGACUGAUGUAAUGAUAAUGUUUAAUAUGUAUAGUGUUUACAUUUUAUUUGUAUAAUUCUAUAUUUAUUUGAGAUUUUCUUGCGAAUUCACAAAUAGCAAGCUUUUUUCUUGACUUUAUCCUUCGUACAGAAUUACGGAAGGAAGUCUUGAUAUGCGCAGUAUUUACAUAAACCCUUGCUUAGAUGUUGGAACACAAAGUCAGUUGUAUCAAUUAGCUGUCAACAGUGACCUUUCAUCCUGGCAUCCUUGACAUUGUUUUCUUACUUUUUUUUUUUGAAGUUUCAUUAUGUCGCCACGCAUUUCUUCGUAUCACUUUUCCUCUCUUACUGAAUUUAAUUGCUCAAAGAAACCAUACGGGAUAUUUAAAAAUCAAAGUGCAAACAGUGAACAGAUUACUGGGAUGAACUCUUUGUCAGAAUCGCCAUUUUUUUUUAAACCAUGUACUCACUUUUGUGCACUCUCUAGUGUGACCCGUAGACUAUAUUAUAUAAUAAAGUCCAGUGUCUCCCAAACUGUGUUCCGCGGAACCCUAGUACUCUGCGAGGCCUGAGUAGAUGUUCCCCAAACUACUGGAAUAAUUAACUAGUAGUCCACCACGUGAAUUAAUCUCUCUGAAACAUGUAAUUAAAUUGUUUUAAUAAAUAGUCGGAAUGUGUAAAGUGUUUUGAAAAGGAAAAAGUUUGGGAACCACUGAUGUAGUCUAUGGAUUGACCGUAGAAACAAAUUACAAGUCAAAUUGUGAACUAACAGCUAGUAUACGUGAGUAAGCUUUUAGCAUGAGAACCUCCAAUGAAUUGUGUGUACACGUUGCUAUAGAUCUAUUCUUUUAAUAUUGAUUAAUAUACUAGUUAAUAAAUCAAACAUGUUGAAUUUAUAUAAAUUUCUGAACAUUUCA